GUCAAUCAGUUGUUAUUUAACCUAUACUUGUGUAGUCGUCAAAAAAUAAACAAUGAAAAUAAAUGAGAAGAAUCUUUGUGCGUUUGCGGUGUCGGCGACGCCGGUUGAUAAGGAAGGAUACCUGAACAAAAAGGGCGAAGUAAAUAAGAAUUUCCAGAAGCGUUAUUUCGUGCUGAAAGGAAAUCUUUUGUUUUAUUUUGAUAAGAAGGGUGAUAAAGAGCCCGUAGGUGUGGUGAUUCUUGAGGGCUGCACCAUAGAGUUGACUGAAGAUGAUGAGAUGUUCUGCUUUAAAAUCGAGUUCCAUGGGACGAACAAUCGUAGUUACGUGUUGGGCGCUGAAUCACAGGAGUCUAUGGAACAAUGGAUGAAAGCGUUGGCGUGCGCUGGCUAUGAUUACAUGAAACUGAUGGUUGCUGAGCUUCAAAGACAGCUGGCUGAUAUUGAAGAUACACCGAAUCAGUUGUCACAGGUAGUGGGUUCACCCAUACCACCACCAAGGCAGAGACAUAAUCCAUUCAAUAAGUUAGAUAACAAUCACCAGCGAUCACAUAGCUUUAGAUCAGGUCGCAUUGAAGACACGACGCGGCACAGUGAGAGUCCGCAGAAGGUGUCGUUCCGGGAGCUGCACAAUUUCUAUGGCCGACCGAUCCUCACCGAUUUCAACGCAUGGAAGCACGAGCAACGGAAGAAGAUGGAGAAACAUGAGACGAAUUUGAUCAUGUUCUAGGUUUACGCAGAUAACGAUUAGACGCUUCAUCGAUUAUAUCCAGUAUUUGCACACAUGACAAUGUUAUUAGAAGCA